UCUAGAAUAAUGUUGCGCUUUGCUGAUUUGCUUGAGAAGCAUGCUGAUGAAAUAACAGCUCUUGAAGUUUGGGAUAAUGGGAAGCCAUAUGAUCAGGCAGCAGCAGAUGAAAUACCCCUGCUCAUUCRUCUUUUCCGGUAUUAUGCUGGCUGGGCCGACAAAAUCCAUGGCCUCACAAUUCAGGCUGAUGGUCCGCAUCAUGUCCAGACCCUGCAUGAACCCAUUGGUGUUGCAGGGCAAAUUAUACCAUGGAACUUCCCUCUUCUAAUGUAUGCUUGGAAGGUUGGGCCUGCAUUGGCUUGUGGUAACACUGUAGUACUUAAAACUGCUGAACAGACACCAUUAUCUGCCCUCUAUGUUUCAAAGCUUUUCCUUGAGGCAGGACUUCCUCCUGGUGUGCUAAAUAUUGUAUYUGGUUAUGGUCCCAGUGCUGGUGCUGCUCUUGCUGCUCUUGCUGAUAUUAAGCAGAAUCGAACAAUCAUUAUUCGAUGUCACACCCCACUAAAGCAGAAACACGAGUUGCGGAUAUUUGCCUUUCAUGAAAUCUUCUCGCUCCCAAGUGUACUCUGGACCAUGUUUCGCAUUCCAGCGGACCUUAAUAAUAGGGACUUUUCUGCUCCUCAACCGUUUAACUUCUCGGUCCAGUAUCUCGAUUGGUUCUUCAACAAGGUGUAA